AUGCGUGUCUUCCUCAAUCCCCCACCAGAUAAAGCCUCAGCAUACUACAGGGUAUCGGCGCUUUUCCUAGAGCUGCUUAAACUCAAAAUCAAUCAUCGUAAACUUCAUCGGGGGAUAAAGACGAGCAUUCUGCACUUAAAGCGGAGUGACGGAGGUAACUAUUCCAAUUCCAAUUCCAAUCUUGUUGACUCUGAAUCAGGCGAUGAUUCCAAUGAGAGUGAGCGUUGCUCAUCGAAAAAUGACCUGACCGCUUCGAGUUCUGAACAAAGUAUAACUCAGAUUCUGAAACGCAUCAUCUUACCAUGGAAGAAGAGGAAAUUAAAUUUCAAAUCACCACCGAUGGGCGAACCGUUGUUAAAGAAAGAUUACGGUGAAGAAGGUGGAGAUGAUAUUGACUUUGACCGGCGACAACUCAGCUCCAAUGAGUCUCUAGUUAACCUACCUUCAGGUAAUUCUUCCGGCUUCUGA